UCAAAUUAAGGUUACGAUCGUGUUGUCGAGAUACUGAUAAAAUAUGGUGCUGACGUAAAUAUAAGAAAAGAUGACGGAUGGACACCAUUAAAUAUGGCUGCAAAAAAAGGUUAUCUGCGAAUUGUUGAACUGCUACUUAAAGCAGGUGCAGAUAUCAACAUUCAGACAAAUGACAAACAGACUUCGUUAUACAUCGCGACUUCGGCUGGUCAUGAAGAUGUCGUUUCAAUGCUACUCGAAAAGGGUGCUGAUGUUAACAUUCAAGAAAUUUAUGGAUCGGCACCAUUGCAUAAAGCAGUCGAAAUAAGUUUUGUGGAGAUCAUCGGGUGUUUACGGAGAAAGGGAGCCAAUGUUCAUUUAAAGAAUGGAAAGAAUGAAUCCGCUUAUGAUAUUGCUGUUAAGCAAGGAAAUAAAACAAUCAUCGACAUUCUGGUUCCUUCAAUGAAACCAUGGAAAAAACUUCAUAAGGCGGCUCGUGAUGGUAAAUAAUAAUUGAAAUC